GUUUGAUUUGCUUCUUUGCAAUAUGUAAAUCAGUCCACCCGUGCACCACAUCUGACAGCGAAGACGAGAAUAUUUUUUGAAUCAAGAAAACAUGAGUGAAGAAGAAAGCGAAGUUACCCUUUGUGGUGUGCCUGAGUGGUUUGGUCUCCCAGAGAACAACACAGCUUCUUACAUAAACGAUGUCCUCAUUGCCGUAGUUACCGUUCCCUUGUGUUGUUUCGCAAUCUGUAGCAACUUGCUCCUACUUGUGACGAUUAUUAAAACUCCGUCGUUACAGAAGCCAUGCAAUAUUCUGCUGUGUAGCCUAGCCGCUGCAGAUUGCCUCACUGGUUUAACAUCUCUACCAAUUUUCGUCGCUUUGCGGUUGAUUAUUCACCGUGUUUCCUCGAUAUGCAGUUAUCAAGAAGACCUAUUCACUGCUUUCUAUGCGUCUACAAUGUUAACAUCUGGAUGGUCCUUUGCUUUUCUAACUUUUAUCAGCUUUGAUCGGCUCAAUGCAUUGUCUAGACCAAUUGCUUACCGUUUGGGCGUAACUAUCGAAGGGACAGUAAAAACGGUGUCUGUUAUUGGAGUUAGUUGGUUUUUGCUGACCAUCUUAGCUCAAUUGUUCCUGUCCUCGCUACUGGAAAUAAUAUUUUCUAUGACAUUGCUGGCCAUGUUCAUAGUUAUCCCGACUAUAAACCACAUUAGAAUGUACCUCGCGAUCCGCCGUCACAACAGCGAACUUAGACAAUCGUUUGGUUCACUGACGCUGACAGCGGUGUUACGGAGAGAAAAGAAGACCGCUAUCGAUAUGUUUGUUAUUAGCAUGGUUCUUCUGCUGUCUCUGAUACCAGGAAUUUUGAUCAAACCCACACAAGUUCCUUUCCCAAGAGUUUACUCGAUUUUGCAGCCCUGGUCCAUAGCAAUGGUGUUUUCAAACUCUGCUUUGAAUCCCCUGAUUUACACAGUAAGGAACAAAAGUCUUAAGGAUGCAAUGAGGAAUGUCCUACUGAGGCGAAAGAGGAGAGCGAUUGGGAUAAUUACUAGCGAGAGCAAUGGAGGAACUUGCGAGUUGGCCCUGCUCUAAACAAGAACAAAGGGCGGGCUUCGAAUUCCUGGAAUCGAUUGUACAGAUUGGAUGCAAAGUAGAUCUUACCACGUGGGAAAGCAUCGGAGCGUUCUACAGUUUGUUAAAUUGAGGUGCUCUUGUAGAAAACAGAAGUUAAUGGUAGACCUUUGAAGAGUCCCUUUUAAUUUAUCUAAUUACUGUAACAAUUAAUUAGUUACAAUUCAGUUAGUUCAGUUAUACUUACUGACGGGAAACAAUAGACUAAUUUCCACAUAAAAA